AUGAUAUCCAAAACCCCAAUACUCGACUGUGUCGUUAUAGACAGGGGUGGCGUCGUCGAGAAUCGGCACCAAGUCCAUGCAGCUGUCGUGGACGCACAGGGUAGGCUUUUGUAUGCUGUCGGAGACCCUUAUCGAGUAACCUUGGCGCGAUCAACUGCAAAACCAGCCCAGGCCCUGGCUAUCUUAGAGACGGGCGCUAUGGACAAGUUUGGAUUUGACGACGCCGAUCUGGCAUUGAUUUGUUCAUCACAUAGCAGUGAAGAGCAACACAUUUCCAGGGUGCUGAGCAUGAUGAGCAAGGUUGGCGUUGGGGAAAAAGAUCUCCGAUGCGGUGGCCACCCCGCCUUGUCCGAGUCAGUCAAUCGCUUGUGGGCCAAGAAUGAUUAUACCCCAACUCCAUCGCGCAGCAAUUGCUCGGGGAAGCAUGUUGGGAUGUUGGCUGGUUCCAAAGCAGCGGGUGCCAAGUUAGUGGGUUAUCAUCUACCAGACCAUCCCAUGCAGUUGCGAGUGAAACGUGUUAUUGAGCAAUUAUCUGGCCUCGAUGCUGAUGACGUUAAAUGGGCGAUCGAUGGUUGCAACCUGCCAGCGCCGGCUUUGCCCCUGAUAAACUUGGCUCAGCUGUGCGUAUCUUUUCCUUCUGCGGCAGACGUUAUACAUCAAAAUACAAUGGCAUCCAAACGAACUCAUCGAGUAGCCCGGAUAUUUCAUGCCAUGACCCAGUUUCCCGAACUGGUUGGUGGGGAAGAUAGGUUCUGUACGACACUCAUGACAGCCUUCCAAGGAGAUCUCUUUGGCAAAACCGGUGCAGAAGGCUGUUAUACCAUAGGGAUACGAGCAUCGGAAGAAACCCGUCAGCUCGGUGCUGAUGGGGCGAUUGCAAUUGCGGUGAAGAUAGAGGAUGGAAAUCUUUCAGCACUUCACUCUGCUGUGAUUGAAAUCCUAGCACAGCUUCACAUAGGAACACCAGCUACUCGUAAGGAGAUGGGUCAUUUUCAUUAUCCGAAGCUCUUGAAUACUACUGGUGUUGUCACUGGUCAGGUAUCUCACUUGUUUCAAGUUCGUUCUGCUCUAGAAUAA